CUGGAUUGCGAUGGCACCAUCCACCACAAGCAAACAGCCUCACUCUGGCAACCAUCCGGGUCCGGGGAAACAACAGCCUGAUCCUAAAAAAACUCAGCCUUUACCUAAUGGCGACGCAAACCAGGAUUUCAAUCUGUUUCUUGAUAAGUUCAAGACAACAGCCAAACUCACGAGCCAGCAAGCGCUCACAUUUCAAAACACUACGGUUGACGACGUCAAGAGCACCAUUGCAAGCAUCCAGCAGAAGCAAAUAUCGAGCGGCCGGCAACAAUGGAUCCGCAGGCUGGAGCCAUUUCUAUCGAGCAUGGAACAGUAUGGAAAGGUCAUCGAGGUCUUCUUGAAUGCGUCAGAGGCUCUGGCCUUUAUCUGGGGCCCAAUGAAGUUCAUACUACAGAUCGCUUCCAACUUUUCAGAGGCUCUGAGUUCACUGCUCGAUGCAUACUUUGAACUAGGAGAACUCAUUCCCCAAUUAUCAGCGUAUCGGGCCCAUUGCGUUUCUAAUGAGUACAUGAGAACAGUCUUGGCUUUGAUUUACAAAGACAUCCUUGAAUUCCACUCAUGCGCGAUGAAGCACUUUCGAAAACCGAUGUGGAAACAGAUGUUCCAGGCAGUUUGGAGAGGCUUCGCACUGAAAUUGGAGGAACUCAAAGAUAACAUGAGGCGUCAUCGACAUCUUGUGGAGUCACAGGCGUCGAUAGUACUAUUUGAGGAGACCCAAACGUUGCGAAGAUUGGCCGAGGAAAAGUUUCAAGGCCUCCAAAACGAGUAUCUCCGUCAGAGACUACCAGAGGUCAUGCGGUGGCUUUCUCCGUACAACUCAAAACUCCAGCAUGACAAGUGCACAAAGGAUAAGUUCCCCGGAUCGGGAGAGUGGUUGCUGGCGGAUCGCGGCUUCAAUAACUGGUUUGACCUUUUUUAUUGUUCUACUCCGUUGCUCUGGUUGAAUGGCAUCCCUGGAGCAGGUAAAACCGUCUUAGCCUCCACUAUUGUUGACGCAGUCCAAGGACUUGUCGACAAAGAUCAAGUCAGACUCGCCUACUUCUAUUGUAAGGGGACGAAUGAUACUCGAAACAAUUUUGUGGCCGUAGCCCGCGGCCUACUCAGUCAGCUAGUCAAAGGCGACGAGGAUCUUCUCCUUCAACUAUACGAAAAAGGAAACUUGCAGAGCGGUGAAGCGAUUCUACGAGACGUCUCAAUGGCGAAGGAGCUGCUCGAUGUUGCUUUGGACUCUGAUAAGACGACAUACAUCAUAAUCGACGGCAUAGACGAGUGCAGGCGUGAGGAGAGAAAGGAAAUUUGCUCCUGGUUUAGUGAGCGGGUAAAUAAGCUCGGUAAGGACGACCACGGUAACAUUCGAUGUCUCUUUGUGAGCCAAGAAGACGGGAUUGCGAAGAAGGAUUUGGUCAUGGUUCCAGCGAUCAAGAUCCUCCCUUCUCACGUCCACAAGGACAUUAGGCGAUAUGUUGACUCUUGGCGCGACAAGAUUGAAGAGAAGCACGGUCAGCUUGAUCCAGCUGUGCACCCAUUAACGGACAUUAUAAUGUCUUCUGCGAGAGGCAUGUUUUUAUUCGCCAAACUUGUGGUGCAGUGCUUGUAUGGAAUGCCUACUCGUGAGGAGCUGCUAGCGCAGAUUCAGCCAGACCAUUUCCCAGACGAGCUUGGAGAUUUGUAUGAUACGAUUCUUGGUCGAAUCGUGGGCGAAAAUGCCGGUGCACCAUCUAAAACAAUUCGCCGACUUCUCGGGCUUCUGGCGGUGGCAAAGAGGCCCCUUCGUUGGCACGAGAUCCAGGGAUACUUUGCCUUUGACUCUGAAGAAGAUGAGCAAGUAGAUCACGCAAUGCGAAAACUAAGGGUCGACCCGAAAGACCUGUGCUGGUCGCUGGUGGAACACCAGGAGGACGAUUCGGUAGAGCUUGUUCACCCAACGGCCAAAGCUCAUCUUAUUCGGACAAAGUAUUUGCAGCCAUCCAAAGUGGAAUGCGACUUGGCACAAACAUGCCUUCUCUUCUUGAGCACGGACGAAUGUGGUCGAGGCCAAGAUCCCUCUGCCAUCAAACAAUACUUAAUGAAGGGGCAUUACUCCUUUUUCGAAUACGCCGUUGCUUGUUGGUCUCUUCAUUUGCAAUCCGCUCUACCCGGCCUUAGCAGCGACGAAGAAAUCAGCCACCUGGGCGAGUGUCUUGAAUCGUUUCUGACGUUCCAUUGGUUAGACUCUCGGACGGAAUUGACGGUCUCAGCUACCAUUAUGGAAAAGAUCAAGAUAUUCCACGAGUCCGAUUUCUCUGUCAAACUCGCUCAGGCGAUUGUGUCGUCCCGGAAGCAACUCGGACCGGACGGUACCGGACCGUCGCUCAAAGAUCCACUGGACCUUGGACAGGUCACAAAUGACGUCAGGGAAGCGAUAGAGAACGCGGUUGCGGUGUCUGACGGUGACGAACUAGCACUUCUUCGCACUUACUAUGGCAAGAACUCGGACUGGUUCAAGUGUUCUCGAAUCAACUGCGUAAGAUUUUAUGCUGGGUUCGCCAGGGAUGCAGAACGAGCCCUGCAUGUCGAAAAACACGAGAGGCCAUACAGAUGCACCGACACGGGCUGCAGCAUGUAUACAUUUGGGUAUGGUACUGAGAAGGCUUUGCAGAAGCACCUGGUUGAGGUUCAUGGAGCAGAUCCGGGGAGCAACAGGAUGAUGGAAUUCCCUACUCCGCCAAAGGAGGAGCGAAGCACAACAAAAGGGCACAUUCCCUGCCCACACUGUCCCAAGUUGUUUACACGGCGGUCCACGCUUCGAAACCACAUGCGAACCCACGAAAACUCCAAGCCAUUUCGUUGCGGUACAUGCAACAAGACUUUUACACGCCAGUCAGAUUGUAAGAGACACGAGGCUAUUCACGCCGGCGACAAAAAGUACCUGUGCGCGGGGGAACUGGACGAUGGAACGCCGUGGGGUUGCAGCGCGGGCUUCACACGAGCCGACAAGCUGCAAGAUCAUUUAAGGAGCGCAACGGGAAGGGGGUGCAUUGCUGCCCGGAUGAUCGAAAUGGAAUCCAAGACUGGGCGAGAAGCUGAAGAGGUGAGGUUUCAGGAGCUUUUUAGUUCCGUGGUGGGAAUUGUUGAAGCGUGGCCUCAAGAAACACCUCCAAAGUUGUGAAUAGCUCCUGGUGAUACAAAGUACUGCUGCCCGGCAAAAUGAGCG